AUGGGUUCAGUCGCCGAGCAUCAAGAGACACGCUCGCUCAUCAACAUCAUUGAGGAUGACGCUGCGAAAGAGCCAAAUCGUCCAUUCAUCUUCAUUCCGCGAUCCAGUCGUCCUCAAGAUGGCUGGGAGCCAGUGACCUAUGGGCAGAUGGCAAAUGCUGUCAACCAUGUCGCCCACACCAUCACCAAGAUGGCCUUCAACCAUGUGCAAGAUGGCAGUUUUCCAACGAUUGCCUAUAUAGGGCCGAAUGAUGUGCGAUACGUCAUUCUUAUGCUUGCCUGCAUAAAAUCCAAGUGCAAAGCAUUCUUCACUUCGCCUCGAAAUACUAUUGAGGGACAGAUUUCGCUUUUGGAAGCUUCCGAUUGUCAUUAUUUUCUAUAUGGAGAAGGAUAUCUCCCGGUGAUCGAAAAGGUGCUUGCAAAGAGACAAAUGAAAACUUCUCAAGUGCCAAGUGCCAAGGAAUGGCUCUCGGCCAAACCAGACAAUUUUCCAUACAAUUAUACGGCAGAAGAAUCUCGAUGGCACCCUUGGAUCGCCCUUCAUACUAGCGGAUCAACUGGUAUGCCCAAGCCCAUCGUGGUUAAUCAAGCAAAUCUUCAAAUUAUCGACGCACUUCGGCACUAUCGUGACGAGCGCGGCAACCCUUCUCUUUACGAAGCGUGGGCUUCUCGAGCGUCAAGGCUUUUUAAUCCCAUGCCACUCUUUCAUGGAGUAGGAAUUGCUGUCGUCACGAUAUUUAUUGCCUACUAUCGUUUGCCCUGUGCGUUAGGCAUUCCUGACAAACCCCUGAGUGAAGAUUUGGCUAAAGAAUGCUUGAUUUAUUCUGGUGUGGACGCUGCAAUGCUACCGCCAUCCACCAUUGAAGGAAUGUCACAGACGGAUGGUGGCCUCAAAGCGAUGACGAACCUGAAUUUUAUUAGCUAUUCGGGUGGUAACCUUCCAGGCGCUGUGGGUGAUAAGCUCAUUGCCAACGGCGCAUUCAUCAUUAAUCUUCUAGGGUCUAGCGAAGCUUUCCCCAUGGCGCUGCAGUUUCAGCCGAAGCCUGAGCUUUGGCAGUACUUCAUUUUCAACGCCAAAGCCAUGGGGGCCGAAUUCACCCCUACUAUGUGGGAUGGAAUUUACGGGCUUACCAUUCACCGCAAAGAUCCUUCGGAUCCGGGCAUACAACCUGUAUUUUAUAACUUCCCAGACCGCCAGGAAUUUGUCACCGGUGACUUGUUCCAGGCUCACGAAACUCUCCCUGGCCACUACAAGUAUCAUGGGAGAAGCGACAAUGUCAUUGUAUUCUCCAACGGGGAGAAGCUCAAUCCCGUGACAAUCGAAGACAUUGUCAAAGGCCAUUCCGCCGUAAAGAAUGUCCUUGUGGUUGGGCAGGAACGAUUUCAACCCGCCAUGAUCCUUGAACCUAAAAAUCUACUGAAAGACGAGGCCGAGUCCGAGAAGUUCAUCGACGACGUUUGGCCUCUUAUCGAAGAAGCAAAUAAGCAUACCGUGGCACACGGCCAAAUUGUGCGAGAGCUAGUCGCCGUCUCUGACCCAAACAUACCAUUUUCCAUCGCUGGUAAAGGCACCGUGCAAAGAGCUCAAACGGUUCACUUGUACAAAAACUACAUUGAAGGCAUCUAUGAGCGCGCAGAAUCCACUUUGAGCAACGCUACACUUGAUGCCACUAGUCGAGAAGGAUUGGCCUCUUCGAUCCUUGAACUGCUCAGAGACAAGCUCGGAAUUGAGCAACUUGAGUCAGAUGCCGACAUGUUCUCUAUUGGCAUUGAUUCACUGCAAGUCAUGACUAUCAGCAAGCUGUUGAAGGGAGGCUUGAAAAGAUCUGGAGUCGAGUUUGACGAGAGAAUAAUUUCCACCCGUGUUAUCUAUUCUAAUCCUUCAGUCGACCGUCUCGCUGGAUUUCUCUUCCAGUCAGUGUCUCAUCCAGAGGGACAAGAUGCCUCUGUCAGUUAUCAUGCGCAGCAGAUUAGAGAAAUGCAAGAUAUGGUCUCAAAGUACACCCAAGAUUUGCCAGAGCGCAAUGAUUCACGGACGGAUCCCAACGACGUUGAUCAAACAGUCAUUUUGACUGGAUCGACUGGCUCCCUUGGCUCGUACAUACUUGACCAGCUCAUCGCAUCACCUCGCGUCAGCAAGGUAUACGCUCUCAACAGGGGCAAUGAUGGAGGAUUUUCUCGUCAACAGAUCGUGAGCGCAAGCCGCAGCCUUUCACUCGACUUUUCCAAGGUUGAGUUCCUUGGAGUGGAUCUCUCCAAGCCGAAGUUUGGGCUUGAAGCUUCGAAGUACACAGAAUUGCUCUCUACCACUGAUAGAAUUCUUCACAACGCUUGGCCGGUCAACUUCAACAUGAGCAUCGCUUCGUUUGAACCCUACAUCCGCGGAGUUCGCCACUUUGUUGACUUUGCUAGCGCAUCUUCCAAGAAAGUGGCGUUGGUUUUUGUGUCAAGUAUUGGUACCGCAGUAAAUUGGACAGCCAGAGAGCCUGUACCUGAGCGACGCCUCGAAGAUCCUAAUUUGGCGGAUCUGGGUUAUGGUAUAUCAAAACUAGCCAGCAGCUUCAUUUUGGACACAGCAGCAGAAAAGUCUGGCCUGGCUGCUGUCUCUGUGAGAGUCGGUCAAAUUGCAGGGCCAAAGAAAGGAAACGGUGUUUGGAAUCCACAAGAGUUUGUGCCCAGCUUGGUUGCCAGCUCACUAUACCUGGGAGUUCUCCCACAGAGUCUCGGAAUAUACCAGAAUGUCGACUGGGUUGCAACUGAAGAUGUAGCUGGCAUCCUUAUUGACGUUGCUGGAAUAUCGAAAUCUGUCCCGAUCACCGAGAUUGGUGGCUAUUUUCAUGUGCAAAACCCCACAAAGGUACAGUGGCCUGAAAUUGUUGCAGUCUUGCAAGACUUUUACAAAGAUCGAAUCAAGCAAGUAUCUAGCCUGGACAAAUGGGUAUCACUGCUAGAAGCAAGCGCUCAAGAUGGAGGAAACGUCGAUAAAAACCCGGGCGUCAAACUCAUCGAUACAUACCGAGGCUUAGCAGACUCAGAGAAGAGUGGUGCAGCUCCGCUCAGCUUUGCCAUGACACGUACCAUCUCAAAAAGCGAAACAGCAGCUGCUUUGCAACCCAUCACGGCGGAGCUGAUGCGAAAAUGGUGCGAAGGCUGGAACUUUUGA